CUGAGUGGUCUCUACGCGCUACAGGCUACCAGUCCAACUUACGCCUUCGAUCACGCUACUGAGGGCUUUGGGGACAUGGAGUGGUACGUGUGCGUUCUGAUGCUGAGUUUGCCGUGGUCCGUUCACACCCAGACUUCUCCGAGAUGUCAAAACUGCGUUCGUCAGACCGAUUCAGGUGCAUCUUUCAGUCACCUGACUUGCAUUUUGGAAUGUGAGGAAACCCUGUGGAAAUCUAGAGAAUGGAAGGCAGGUCGGCCGACCAACAUCCUGCAGACAGCAGCCUCAACAGGCUCCAACCCACAGCGAGCUGCAGAGAGGAGCACACAGACAGAGAGAACCGGCCCACAGGCCAGCCCAACACUGCCCCGGCUGAUUUAUAACGGACUCACUGAAGCACAUUUGAAGAAUACAGUGGCCCUCCCGAUGAUUGACAAUCCUGCGUUGAACAAUCGAGAGCAACAGAGUCCGGAGAUGUAUGGGGAGGAAGAAGAUGGCGCGUCGGAAAACGAGUUGGAAGAAUUGUUGAGUAAAGUUAAGCUCUAUGGCAAUGCGUUUCGUCACGUUGGUCCGAAGUCUAGGAGGAAUAACGACGAUGGGGAAGGCAGCCAAGAGCGCGAAACACUGCAAAAGCGUUAUGGUGGCUUCAUGAGACGGAUCCGACCCAAGUUGAACAGCCUGAAGUUGGAUAAUCAGAAGCGUUACGGUGGCUUUUUACGUCGCCAUUUCAAAAUCGCAGUGCGCUCAGAACCCCAGGCGUUUGACAUUAGUCUAUAGAUCCGGAGGAGCCAGGGGGGCUGCUGAGCGUCGUGGCGUGUUUAAGUUUAUCUGCAUCCAUCGCUACAAUUCAUAAUUGAAAUCCUCUCUCUUCAAAUAGAUACAUUGUUAAUAUUUCUGUACAAAAAGAGCACGCUCACAUGAAUAGGACUAUCAGACAUAUUCCAAAAAAUAAAUAUCCGUGAUGUGUGUUGAGCAAACUGUGGGCUACUAAUAUAACAAAUGCUUGUUAUGUAGCACUAAUAAACUUUUGCGUUUCAUACGUCCCAGAAGUCGAUAUAUUUUCAUUGUUUUGGCUAUAAGGGGGGGAUCUGGUUCGGAAAUACAGCCGAGUAGCCUUCAGCGUAUUAAUUACUUAUUAUCAUCAAUUCAUAUAUAUAAGAGGUGGAAAUUCAUUCAUGAUGUGUUGAAGGUGGGGACAGAUAUAUACUAUUAAAAAAUAUACAGGCUAGACUGUAAUUAUAACCAACAACGAGGAAAGAAUUCAAACAAACUGAUACUUUUAAGUAAAAAUCCUAUUUGUAAGGACUGUUUAAGACCUGCAAUAGUCAAAUAUUUUUCUAUAUAGAACAAUGGCUAUAUAUGUCUUACUUUAUUGAGCAUAAACCCUCAAUAAUUAACAGCCUUUUGGCUAUCGGGACAGGUUGGGGUAUUUCAUUGUUAAUCAGAGCAUGAAGAAGAUUGAGUGAACUUUAUGCGCUUUUCAUUAUCUAAGCAUCGAGUGGAGAAUGGACAGUAAUAAUAAUCGUAAUAUUAUGGCCAAUUAUCAAUAUUACCUAACACUCCGUGGCCUGGACGUCCUUGGGUUUUAUCAGUCAAGUGAUGCGUGAGGAAGACUGUAUAAGAAAAAUGCAUGCUGUUAAUAUUAACUUACAAUUUCUAGUAAUGAAGGGUCUCCAUUGUGACAACAGCUAUACAACAUUUCCUCUCCUUCAAAGAAUGACUGUAUCAAAUACAAUCACUUGUUUGUAAUUAUCUUUAGCGUUUCUUAUGUAUCCUGUACAAAAGUAACAAUUAUUUAGUCAAUGUAAUCCCACAGUUAUAGGCAAUUAUGAACCGUUUAAGUAAUACAAUUGCAUCGUUUCAUAAACAAUCCGUAUUAUGACGUAGGCUAUUCAAAGUAGGCCUACUUACGUUCUUAGUCCUACCAGCCUAAUUCCUCUGCGGUUAUAAUAACUGUAAUAUUCAUAAUCACAAUAUAUCACUUAUUAUCAUUCCCCCAAUUACAACGUAUUCGUAAGAAGUUGGGUCAAAACCCGAAAUCAACAAGCAUAUCGCCCUUUACCUCAUACAAGGUAGGUAAUCCGAGGUAUUUGGCGCCCUCUAACGGUAUGCGGUAGAAUAUAUCAUUUUCAUUGAGGCGUCGUCUGAGGAAAAACCCAAGUUGAGCAAUACUUGGUUGGGUUUGAUGACACACACUAUGAAAGGGGAAUGUUACCCAACACGCUGGCAUCAGUGUGCGUAAUUUCAUCAAUGCGAAUGAUUCUAACAGUUAAAGUUACAGAAGCCAGAGAACCUCACUUUAAAUACAUGCUCUAUUUAUUAACUGCAUGUAGACCUAUAUACAUUUAAGCCAUAAAAUAAGCAGAGUGGAAUAUCGUCCGUUGAAUGUAUUCAGCUUGGAUGGGGUAAAUUGGUAGGGAAAGUUAAACUGAGUUAAACAUGAAACAUGCUCUAUAAAGAAUCGAAAAUAAUAGAAUGCUUUUAGGACGGAUCGGUGAGCCUGUAAAGUUUUCUAAGAAAGGAAAAAGCUUAUUUUCCUUUCUUAGAAGAUUAUUUUGCUGAUAGACAAGUAUCUGCUGCUGAUUUGCCUGUUGAUCGGUGUUGACCAGAAGGGGGAGACAAGACACAAGAGUCCUGUAUAUUGCAAAGUGACGCUCGCUGAACUUUGUUCCCCUUACAGGUAACCUAAUGAAAUUGCAUUCCUUAUCCUGUGAGAUUUAACCUGUGAGAUUAAAGUCAGAAUUCCGACUUUAUUUUCUGACUUUUAUCUCAGAUCUAAAAUCAAAUUCAAAUGUGGCCCUAAUGCUCUUCUUUAGAAAGGUGCAUGUAGGAGCUACAUUGGACAUGUCAUGAAUAACUGUAACCUGAGAGAGUCUGGGAUCUAGAAAUCCUUAUCUUGCUUCAGCACUAUUCGCAGUACUGUUCAAAAGCCUUGCCAAUUUCAGUUGGGGUGCUUGUUAUAUCCUUUAUCACCAUCUAUUAAAUGCAUUGUCUUCGUACUUUGGUCGCC